UGGGACAGCGUAGGUCAAAUGUGAGGUCCAGUGAAUUCUGUGCGUCCAUCUUUCCGUCUGUCUGCCAGCUGACCAUGCUUCAACCACUGCGCUGUCUGCUCCUGGCCUCAGUCAUGCUGCUCUGCAACAGCCUGCCCACCCCCACGGACACCAAGAGUCCUCUGAUGGUGAAAGUCCUGGAUGCUGUGAAAGGGACUCCAGCUGGAUCAGUGGCACUCAAGGUGUUUCAGAGGACUGCUGAUGGGGCAUGGACACAGAUCGCUACUGGAGUGACAGAUGCCACCGGAGAGGUAAAUGAUCUCAUCACAGAGCAGCAGUUCUCAGCAGGCGUGUAUCGUGUUGACUUUGAUACCAAAACGUACUGGAAGAAUGAGGGGAGUGUGCCAUUUCAUGAAGUAGCUGAUGUGGUGUUCGAGGCCCACACUGAAGGCCAUCGCCACUACACUUUGGCCCUGCUGCUCAGUCCGUACUCCUACACCACCACAGCCGUGGUCAUGAACGCACACCAGUGAUCCACACCACACCGUGAAGGCUGGAGAUCAACUCUUCUUUUCUUCUUCUUGUCCACAAAUCCCAUGUGCUCAUUGAUAACCAACGAUGAAUGUAUCUCCUAAGUAUUGUGUGUGAAUUACGGCCUGAUGCAUCUUCUUCCUCUGUGCCAUAGAGCUCCAUUAAAAACACAACAGUUUGACUCA